AGGCCGAGCUCUCCAGCCUCCGACCCUGCUUUUCGCGCUGCCGCUUCAAUCAGAGUCACGUGACAAGAGAAUGUCACGCGCCUCAGUGACGUCAGAAGAGACGAGGCAUGGCUUUGAGAAGUUGUCCGGACCGAAUGGUGAAGAUGAGGCGAAUAUCUACAUCAGAGGAGGCAUCACCUGGAGGCUCUGGAUGUGAGAGAAUGGCGUCUGCUGAUCUGAGGGCCGAGCUGGACUGCUCCAUCUGCCUGAGCCUGUAUACAGAUCCCGUAUCCCUGAGAUGUGGACACAACUUCUGCCGCUCGUGUAUUGUGAGUGCGCUGGAGGCACAGGAGGCAGCUGGAGUGUAUUCCUGUCCUGACUGCAGAGCAGAAUAUCCGGAGCGUCCGGCCCUGGAGAAGAAAAGGAAGCUGGAGAACAUAGUGGAGCGUUUCUUAUCUGCUCGGCCUGACAUUGAGGAGACCGGGAUCUUCUGUACUUACUGUACUAAGUCUCCUGUACCAGCUGUGAGGACAUGUCUGCACUGUGAGACCUCCAUGUGCCAUGAACAUCUCGGAGCCCAUAACAAGUCAGUGGAUCAUAUAUUAACAGAACCCACCAGAUCCUUUGGCUACAAAAAAUGUUCCCUCCACAAGAAGGUUCUGGAGUUAUACUGCCCGCAGGAUGCAGCUUGUGUGUGUGCGUUUUGCUGUCUGGUUGGUGAGCACAGGGGACACCAGGUGGAACUUCUAGAUGAUGCAUCUGAGAAGAAGAAGAAGAAACUGGAGAAAUAUCUGGAUGAAGGAAACCUACAAAAAGCAGAAAUACAAUCAAGAGUCCAGAAUCUGCAGGAUCGUCAGAGGAAUAUCCAGGAGAAAGCCUCUGAUAAGAGGAAGAACGUCAGGAAGUUAUUUAUGGACAUUAAGGAGCAACUGGAAAUGGCAGAAAAGAAAGCGCUGAGCGAGAUCUCCAGGCAAGAGGAGAAGAUUGUGUCCCAGAUAUCUGAUCUGGUCAUGAAGCUGGAAAUAGAGGAGGACGAGCUGUCCAGGAAGAUGCGUCACGUGGAGGAGAUGUGUCAUGUCACCGACCCAAUAAGACUCCUACAAGAAAGUGACAUUACAGUAUGUGGUCAUGGAGAUGAUGAGGACUCAGGGGGAGAUGGUGGAGAGGGCAGGUCUGAGGAUGAUCUGGAUGAGGUUCUGAUCUCACUGACCUUACACCGAUCUAUUAGCGAUAUUGUCACCAAUGUCACAUCAGAGCUCGGGCUCCAUGUUCCAGACAUAUUGCUGGAUGAGGACACUGCUAAUAUAUAUGUGGAAAUUUCAGAAGAUCUGAAAACGGCAACAGGAACUGAAGAAGAAGAACAUGGCAGACCAAAAUCACCAGGAAGGUUCCUGAAUUGGUCCCAGGUGUUGAGCAGAUGUGGCCUCUCCUCAGGAAGACAUUACUGGGAGGUAGAGUGGAACCAGAUAGGAAGAUGUGACAUCGGACUGUCCUAUCCCAGUAUAGAUAAGGAUGGAGAUCUGUCUGGGGCUGGUGAUAAUAAUAAAUCUUGGUGUCUGAUCUUACAAGAUGCAGAAUACUCAGUGUUACAUGACUCAGUCAGAGAAACGCUGCAUUCAAAGUCAACAUGUCCAACACUUGGGGUCUUCUUAGACUAUGAGGCCGGGCGUCUGUCCUUCUAUCAGCUGUGUGACCCCAUCAGACACUUACACACCUUCACCGCCUCCUUCACUGAACCCCUUCAUGUUCUCCUCUAUGUGGAGGAUGAAGCCUCUGUUACGAUAUUAAGCUGAGGUCAAUAAAGUCCAUGUUACUAUUUUGGAAUAUCUAUGGCAGCUUUUGGUGACCAAGUCAGGAAAUGUUACAUGGUUGUGGGCAAUCAGGCUCCUGUAGUCGACUCUUCUUCAUUAUCUCAAGUUAAUCUGUUUCCAGGGUUGUAGAGUGACGCUUAACUCUGACUGUGUAGGAUGAUGGGAAUUGUAGUAUAUUCGUUGUGGAUAUUCAAGUCCCUUUUGAUGACAAAAUAAUACAUAUUUGAUGUCAUUAUUGUGUCACCUCAUGUUCCUGGUUUAUGUCUCAGGUUAUUUUGGACUUGGGCCUGUGUAUACGAGGAGCUCAGGAGAAGCCUUCACUUGGCGACUGACAAUACAGCAAGUUGUUAAUGUUCAAAAGACGAGCAUUUAUAUAGAACCGUAAUCGGGUUGUAUACCAUUAUUUUGAUCACUUUGCUUGUAUUUACAUCUUUCUCUCAUCUCGCCUUACAUCGACUAACAAAUCCUGUUUACACAAGGCGAACAUGUCGGCAAUUGAUAAUUUGAGAGCAGUUUCUCGGUACCGUGCAGUUGAUGUUUUCAGUAGCCAAUAUUUGUGAAUUGUUCCUUGAUAUUAUGAUGAUAAUUACCCAGGUAGAAGAGCUGGGCACAAUAUCAGUUAGCUGCUUCUAAAGGGCUCAUAUGCUACGACCAGCGGGGUUACUCCCAUUGUGUUAGCUUCUCCUGUAGUUUGUUUGGGGCAGUUGCUAGGCAGUGGUGUCACAGCGGAUCCAUUACUGUGGGUCAGCUGACCAGUCUAACGCAGGACUUUGUGUUAGGGAAGGAGUUUCUGAUUGGAUAGCAUUUCUUUAAAUAUUUCUGGCCUCUUCUGUGAACUUGCCGGUGGUAGCUUAUAGAGUAACAAAACCUUUUUACAACUUUCUUUUGAACUGUUAAUUUAUUUUAGUAAUAUACUUUAUUAAUCAGUUAUGCUGUUUGCCUAUUUAAAUAAGGUCCCAAAGUCAUGGAUUUUAUCAUCAUUCUCUGACUUGUAUGGAUAUAACAGGGGGCCGCAGUGAACACUGCGCAGGACGGAGAUCUGUGCUCCCCUCAAGCUUGGCUUAAUUCUGGCACCGCACAUCGGUACCCUGUGUCCUGUACAGGUGUGCUAUGCCAGGAUUUAGCUGAGUGGCCCCGGUUCCUGCCUGAGCCCGCUCCGCUCAAGGCUCUCUUAUAGCACAUUUCUACUCCUGUACCAAUGUGUUAUAGAGAGCCUUGAGCUGAGUGCAAGUCCCAUUGAAUUGAAUGGAAAGCGCACCGCGCAUGCGCAGCCGCCCCCAUCCAUUUGUAUGUGAGUGCUGAAUAUAGCCCGUUUCCGUAACCAUUAUAGAAGUGGCAGCACUUGCAAGGUUCCCCCUACAUCACUUUGCGGGCUCCGUUCUAAGGAUAAGUGCGGGUCCUAGAUGUCUCGUCACCAUUCUCCUUCGGUUCUUGUCAUCUGUUGCUCAGUUUCUACUUCUGUUACACCAGUG